GCAGUCUGGUCUGCUAAGAAUCACAUUAGCGUCAGAGACGACGUUACAAUCUUGCGCAACCUCGGCUGAUAGAGUACGACCGCGCACGUCGCCUUCGCAAAUUGGUGGAAGGGCCACAAUCGAUUGUCAACGACGUUGCAUACAUAGGCGAUUCACGAACGUAGCUUAUUCAUACAGCCCUACGGGGAAAAAAAGAAUGUGCGCGGGCGCACGAGAAUCGACCGUUUAAGCUUCGUUUCUCUGAAUAGAAGGACGACAGCCGCUAAUUCCCCAUGCACUAUCCAUCACACUCGCCGUAUGUCAUUGCGGUUAUUGCAUUAUUUCCUCCACCACAAGGCUCACCGAGGCUGCAGCCGGCCAGCUGAGUGCGUCCGAACGCAUUACGUCAUUAGUUGUAGCUUGGAUUUAGUUUCCCAGUUCCUAACGACGGCCAUUCCUGACGUCGUGCAAAGGUCUCGUGCCUCUUUCAACCACAGCGGUGCUGCGGUGAAAGAAGACGGACAAGUCGGGGCCGCCUGUAUAAGUUCGCGCAUCUGCCACUCUGAUCGAUCUACAUUAUGCCAGGGGCCGCAAAUGAAACAUUUUACUUAUAUCAGCGUCUAUCUCCGAUACACUUUGGUUAAGAGACAGCUCACCACCCUGUUGUUUAUUCUGACUGUGUUCGUCUUUAGCGCGGUUUCUUCAUGUCACAUACGCAUAAAGCGCUCGCUUAUCGGCGAGAGGAUGGCAAUCGGCGUAGCUUGAGACGGCACUUGAGACCACCACACCAAUGCUGGUAGACCAGCGCAUCAGUGAAAUCACGUCACGCCCACCUUCUGAUUUUCGCGAUCCGUGUACACGGCUCGAAGCAGGGCUCUACGUGACACGCGUUUCGAAGUCGGCCGUAUUAAACAAAUUGUAUAAUUCACGAUUUGCCAUGCGCACGCGGGGAAUCGAAGUUUUAUAACGUGAUUGCAGAGUCGGAGGUUAUGCAGUGAGUGGUAUGGGCUCUUAAAAACACGUGUAUUCAUUCAGCUAUUCACGAAGUGUACACUGCUUGGUGGCUGUAAAGUGCGCUUGUUGCUUGACACCAGUGGAGGUCUUGACGCUCUAGACUGAUCUUCCACCAAUAUUAGCUUAUGGUAGCGGUACGCGCCAAGAAGAAGAAGAAAAUAAGAGGGAGAGGAGAGACAGAACAAUCUGUUAGGGCUGCUAGAAGAUGGGUGAGAAUCGGACUGCGAUAAUGAGAGUACUGCUAUGCACAUCUAAGCAACGCGACAGGGACUGGGGAACAACGCGGCCGCUCGAAAGACUUCCGCAGCGGAGGCGCCCUCGCGAGCAGCGUUUCUUUGCGUGAAUGCGCGCAGGAAAGGGACACCCGGUAACGGCGCCACUCCUCCACCAACAAACACCGCUCCUCACCGGCAGCAGGACAACAGGGCCCGGCGGGCCACUUUCACCGGCCAACUUGGUGAAAGCAGCGCGCGCCCAAAGCAAGCAGCGCCCGAAAAGUCGCUCGGCAGGGUUAUCACCCUCUUGUGCGCGCGCGGUGGAGAACGCGGCGGCCCGCCGUUCUUUCCGCGCCUGCAUGUAUGUACUACGCGGUACUACGUAGCCGCGUGGCCCACAUUUUUUUCGGCCAGCUGGGCCGGGCCUUCUCUUCUCGUGCAUCUCGUUUCUUUCUUUCUUCGGCGUGUACGGCAGUGGCGAGGAGAUGAAGCUCGCAAACUCCUCACCCCGCUAGCCCUCCCCUCCCACCACCCCCUCUUCUUCCACAAGCCGGCAAAGCCUUCCUCGAAGACGACGCCUGCUACACGCGAAUCGUACCAGAACACACGCACGCCUCCUGUGUGUCUACGGGCUCUUUCUUUCUUUUCUUGUGCCGUCGACGUUCGUUCCCUGCGGGCCGUCGCGGACGACGCCGAAAGUGACCACGCCGCCGACCGCGGCCGAGUCGACUUCAGCAACGCUCCAGGCACGUCGCCUUCGACUUCCACCGGCUCCACCGCCCCUCUCACCAGCAGCUCCGGGGCAUCAUCGUUCGGUACGAGCACGCAGAACGGGUCCGGUCGCCGCCAGACACAACGCGCCGCGGUGUGCGCGGCGCCUGCCUUCUCAUCGGAGCCCCGCCGUUACUGGCGUCGUCGCAGUUCUGGACGGACAGCGCGGCUCUUUGUGGCUGCACAUUUCGCUUUCCGGCGUGCGUUUUCGGACUGGUGACGCAGGUGCACGUACGCCCACCCGUGACGGCACAUUGGGCCGACUUCUUGGCUCCUGUGUGAAACGCACCCGCCCGCUCGGCCCACGUGGUCCUUCCGAACUCGCACGACAAGGCGGACGAAGCACCCGACGCCACGGGCAACGUCGUUCCUGGAAGGGCCAGUGUAAAAAGGCAGCGAUUUCUGUUCACGACAUCCCGUCCUCGACGUCACAGUUCUUCGCUGGACAGGCUCGGCUACUCUCACUAGAGCAGCGCGUGAGUCUUGCCAAGAGCCGGCUGUGUCGCGCGAGAGCUUUUUUACGUGAUACGCCGUGCGGUGCUGUGAAAGUGCGGAGUCAGAAUGGCUUCCGGAAGGAGCCGGCUUCUGUGUCCCAAACUGCGCCACGCCGCCUCGGUGACUUGCGGCGGCGCGACGGCCUCGGCGCGCGACCAUCCGCAGCACCAGCAGCGGAGGUGCGUGUGGUCUACACAGUCGCGAUCGGCGGCGCCCAGCUCGCUGCGACUCAACCAUGCCAUCCAGUGUGCCGAGAAGCUGACGGGCCACAACACUAGCCGCGUCUCGGAGAAGCUGAUGAACAUGGGCGAACUGCACACGUUCCUGGGCACCGUGGCCAAGAUGAUGGGAAGCCAGCACCCCAUCGUGGAUUCUGUGAAGCAGCUGCUGUUCCAGCAGAGCGCCAACAUCCAGACGCGAGGCCUUCUCGUCUCGCUGUUCAUCAAGGCGUGCGGCACGGCCGAGCGCCACGCCGAUCCCCCGGAAGUGGUUCUUCGCCGCCAGCAGCUCGUCGUCAACGCCACGGAGGAGUUCCACGCGGCGCAGACCAUCCACGCGUCGGCCCGCAACGUGGCCACCACCGAGUGGGACCGCCUCGACCCGCUCGUGUUGGACGACGUGCAGACGGGCAACAAGAUGACAGUGCUCGCCGGGGACUACUUCUUCGCCAAGGCCUUCCAGACCACCACGGACAUUGGCAUUCCCGUGAUGCUGGACGUGUUCGGUAAGGCAGUCGAGGACUACGUGCGGUCGUACUUCGAGAGCGACCUGAACGCAGUGCCUUUCGUGGAUGCCAUGUGGUGGGAGGCCAAGACCCACCUGAAGACUGCCAGUCUGCUGGCUUCCGCCUACAGGGCGGCAGCCAUGGUCGCCGGCCACCAGGGGGAGCUUCAGGACCAGGUCUACCAGCUCGGCAAGCACAUCGCCCUCGCCUUUCAGACCUACCACGAAACCAGGCAAUUCUUGGACACACCAUACUCGACGGGCUCCAACUACGACGUCACUAGUCUUCCAGUAGUUUUGCAUAUGGAAACGCAUCCUCACAUGCUGGCCCGCCUCAAGGAGUCUGGAAUGAAGAAUCAACAGUUCUCAAAGCUCCAGUCAGAAGUGCUGUCGGGCGACGCGAUGGAGCGGGCGCAGGUCAUGCUGGGAUACUACAUCCAGGAGGCCCGGCUGCUGGCCAGGAGCCUCGGCCCGUCGGACGCCGCCAAGUCGCUUGUCACCAUCGUCGGCAGCCUCAAGGACCUGUGACGACUCGCGUCUUGGGACAAAGGACUUGUUCGCGAGCCAAAGCGUUACCCUUCAUGUGUUUUCUUUUAGCUCUGUUUGUUUUUCAGGUGCUGAGCGGAACGGCGAAGCGUGCACGUGCGUCACCUUCGUUUGGUCGGGGCUGACGCCCUGCACGAAAUUUUUGCGAGCGCUCGUGGUUGAAGUCACACGUCUAAUUUGCGAGUUUCACACGUGUAAGCUGUUUCGCGCAAGCUGCUGUCCACGCGCCCACACAGAAAGUGGCGUGCAGAAGUGGGCAGCCUUGAAGUCGCGUUUUUUGCGGCUUCAGAUAUGCAUGGCGAAUGCGCAAAGCAGGCGUUGUGAGCGAACGUCUCCACGAGCCAGGUGUCGAGACGAGUACAUGCCCUGUUUCCCGCAAGCACCUAAUUGUUUUUGAAUCGCGUGCGAAAUGUGUCCAGGGUAAGACAUGGCGAUCGCCUUAUAGAACGAAGUGACUUUUAUACGGACUGCUGCAGAGAUAGUAUCUAUGGUAUAUAGUCCCUCCCGAAGCUUUCCACGUCUUCCAGACUUGCACCAACGGCGCUUGGCCUUAGCAUGCGUUCACUAGAGUGUUUGAAAGAAAGCUCUGUCGGUAGAGAGUACUAGCGCAAUGCAAUAUGCCAAACUUACUGUUCGUAAAGGAAGAAAAGUUAAGCGGUAGAACAGCUAAGCACUGCAGUGUCGGCGUUCGCUUAGCUUAAACAAUUCGACGAAGACAAGUCUUGGGACGAUCUCUUGGUGUAGACGUCAACUGAAACGGGUCCUUUGACCGUUUCUCUCGACGUCUACACGAACAACGAGUAUUACAACAACUUGUGCAUGAACAAGGCCCGUUGUUCACGCAGCGGGCCUUGAACCAACUGAAGAAUGACCGCUGUGGCAUAUGAAAGCCGGCAAAAUAACUUGGGGCGUACCGCAUACGCGCCCGGUUGUCGCUGCCCAGUUCCCGAGUUAUUGCUGCAGUUAGCACAUUUCCCGUGAGUAUGGCUUUACAACUCUGUCCCGAGACAAUCAAGAAAAAAAAAUUCCCUGGCCACACCUUAGCGUCCGCACGCGGCUCUUGCGUGCCGACUCUGCGCGACCGGCUUUUCUAGCUGGCCACGCGUAUGACACGUGCCAAUCGCACGCCAACACCUUGGCACAUUAUGCGACGCCAAUGUUUUUCACGAUGGUGGUGUUAUGCAGUGCUCAAGUAUGGUACACGCGAGCUUCCAGGUCAAACAGGUCCCGCUACAGCUCGGUUUCAUCACGGGGCUCGCAAUAAACCUACAGGAGACUCCGUGGGGAGGUUUUCUGCAUUUGAAGCAUAACGAAAGCUCGCGAGUUGGCAAUUUUUCAGCACCGCAUGCGCAAUGAAGCAAGCCGCGUGAUCUGGGGCUUUCGAAAUAUUAGACGAGCGCACUGCGCCUACUAUAAAUAAUUUCAUCAUUGUUUUAGCGCCUUUAUGUGAUCAAAACUAUAUAGUUUUUUAAGACGCAAGUUUUUAUGAAUAUACGUAAGCAGUAUGUGCACACAGCUAAUAUGGUGUUAACGCACGUGCGUGUGUGAUAUAUUUUAUGGAAAAUAAAGUGUCUACAUGCUUCCUGC